AUGGAAAUGAGAUUGACUGAAGGGGGGUCGUAUGGGAGUUUUCUGACGGCCGGGCCGGAAGAAGGCAAUACCGGUAUAGGCAGCGAGAGGAGGGACCAAGAAAUGAACCAUCCAAGGGCGACGGUGAUAUCCAUGGCGAGCACGUCUACUGAUGACGAUGAUGACACCUCUUCCGACCAGCUCCUUCCAUAUAAUCACCAGAAUGGUUAUCAUUACGGAUAUCCUGAUGAGAAUUUCGUCCCUCUUGAAGGCUCCAAGCCCCAGCGAAAGGAACCGAAGUUUCCGAAAGAAAAACUCAAGACUUUAGCCUGUGCUGUGUGGUUUUUCAUGUGUGGGGUUAUGAACAUGACGUUCCUUGCCUUGGUUCACGAUCGGGUGCCAAAAAACACACCACCCUUACCAGACAUCUUCCUUGAUAAUGUGCAGACCCGAGAUUGGGCACUCAGUGUCUCUGAAUACAUUCUUAUGGGAGUCACCUAUUCAACUCUUAUCCUCAUCUUUAUGCACAAGCAUAGAUGGAUUGUGUUUCGGCGUGUGUUCUUCAUCAUGGGACUUCUGUACCUAAUGAGGUCCAUUACAUUCUUUGUGACUGUGUUGCCAGUUGCAAAUCCCAAUUACAAGUGCAACCCUCAGAGUAACGACACAACCCCAGCAGUGAUACUCCAGCGGGUAGUAUACCUCUGCACUGGGUUUGGGCUUUCCAUCUCAGGACAUCACACAUAUUGUGGGGAUUACAUCUUCUCCGGUCACACCAUGAUCCUUGUCCUUGGAUAUCUCAUCAUGCGAGAAUAUAGCCCCAAAGGAUGGUGGGUUUUGCACUAUGCUGUCAUGGGAGCCAGCAUAAGUGGUGUGAUCUUUCUUCUCAUCAGUCGAGGUCAUUACCUGGUGGAUGUCAUCCUGGCAUAUUAUAUCACCACCAGACUCUUCUGGAUAUAUCAUACGCUAGCCAACAAUCCAACUCUACGUAAGGCUUCAAAUGCUGGGAACAACCUGGCAAAUGAGUGCUGGUAUCCGGUGUUCCUCCUGCUGGAACGCAACGUCAAUGGAGUUCUUCCACGUAAAUACAGUUGGCCCAUCCCGGGUGUUCGUUACCUGUGUCGCAUCAAACGAACGGCACACACUUCCUGAUGAAUGGAGAAGAUUCUUGCAUUUGUUUCUUUGGUGCUCAAUUGUCUUCCCGGACCAUGGACUGGCGUGGAUCUUCCGCAUCUGCGUUUUGUGGGGCUGAUGUCUCUGUACCCUGCUGAAGGAGCUGUGCAAUCUCAUGGCAGGUCUGAUGAGUCCAAGCCUUUCUCUUCCUCCCACCGAAGGAGAAUCUAUGUAUUUUUUGUCUGUAAUUUAUCAUAUGGCAGGCCUUAUGAUCAUUGUCAUCAUCAUCUUUGUUCUUUCUCUCAAAUCAUCUGAGUUAAACAGAGAUGCACGGUACAAGUCUUCCACUCUAAAUAGGAAGUCUUUGUCUGAAUCCGAAAGGAAGCCAGAGAAGUUUGUGUCAUGGUCCGGCAUAUUCUUGCAUUCUUGAAAAUUGUGAUAAUUAGUAGCUGUGUUGCAACGAGGCUACAUGAUUGUUUUGUUGUGGUCAUUUAGUUGUGUGAAUAACGUGUCUCUGUUCGUGUGAGUGCCUGAAUUGUGAAUGUAUGCUGCAGGGGCUUCCAUGGACUUGUUAACAAUCCCUGUUCAUCCAAAGAAAGCAGCAGUUUAUUAAAGUGCAUUAGAAUUCUGCUUCUUGUGCUGCGUGUCAUGUUGUGAAGAG